CAAAAUAAAAAAAUAUAAAAUUAAAUUCAAAAGAACGUGCAAGGUGUUGAAACAAAAUUGCGCAAAAAACUAAACACACAAAAGUAAAAAAAAAUUAUUUCUGUCAAGAAUAUCAAAAAAAGAACUGAAAGCAACAACUUUGGGCAAAAGUUUGACAUAAACAAAGGAAGAAAGGAAAAAGGAGGUAACGAAGGAGAUUAAGUUUCAUUUCAACUAAAAGUAAAAACAUAAAUUGAACUUAAAACGAAGCUUUUUAACAAAGAAAGAGGGAGAAACAUUUUUAAAAAUUAACGAGCCACUUAAGAAGAAAGGAAUUUUAAAUAGCGUAAAGCAAAAUGCAAGCCAUAAAAAGCAACAAAUGAAUAACAGAGAGGAGCAAUUAUUGAGACCGCUGCAGCCAAGACACAAACCAAACCAACUGCAGCCCACACACAAACCAAAACAAACGCAAAAAUGUGCAACAAAAGUCAAGAAUAAACGAAAUCGCUUAUAGGACCAAGCGAAGGCUCUACGAACGGCACCUGCUAGACGAGGCGUCUAGUUGGUCCACAAGUCCGAGGAGCAGCUCCAUACACACACACACACGCGCAUACAAACCAUAACAGCAGCAACAACAGCAACUACAACAAGUAGAAAGCAGCAACGCAACAACAAAAUGGCCAUAAAUUUCUCCGCCUCCUUUGCGGCCUGCAUAGCCGCAGGCCUGAAGGUGCCGCGCCAAAUCAUGUACUGCAUUACCCAGGACACGGGUCAGCCGUAUGUGCUGUACAAGGACUCGCAGGAUGCGGAACGCAAUCCGGGCGCCAUCGGUGCCAGCCCAGCCCAAUGGGGCAGCGAAAUGUAUCCCGGCAUCCAACAGCAGGCCCAGCAGCAUCUGACCGCCCAGCAGCAGCAACAACAACAGCAGCAACAGAACGCAACGGUCGCCGCGCAGGCCGCAGCGGCCGCGGCAGCUGGCCAGCAGCCACAAAGUCCGCCCGGUGGCGAGCCGGGCUCACGCGACAAUGGCAGCGGGGAUGGGCGACAACAGCAGGUGUCCCCCUCCUCCAGUCCCUAUCCAACGGUGCAGCAGCAACAGCAGCGUGCCAAUGGCGGCGCCGAUGAGGAUGCCAUGAAUCAGCUCGCUAAUCAACAGAACUCCGCGCCAAAUCCAAACCAAAGCAGCAACGAGCCACAGCAUGCGCAGGGCGCGGGCGGCGGUGGUGGCGGUGGUGCCGCCGGUGAAACGGGGAACCCGCAUGUACAGCAGAACGGCGGUCAGCCCCAGGGUGAUCCGACGAAUAGCUUCCAGACGCCCGACUACUAUGCGCCGCGGCAUGCUGCCGGACCACAGGGUGGCAUGCUGGCGCCACCCGGCUUCCCUCCGCUGCAUUAUCUGAACAAGGGCGUACUGCCCAUGGAGCAGAACGGCGGAGGCGCUGGCCUGGAGGCCUAUACACUGCCCGAUCUCUUGCCGGGCCAGCAGAAUGGAGCGCAACAGAAUGGCGGCGGUGGGGGAGCAGGUGGCGGCCAUGCAACGAACGGCAAUGCCGGGCAGGGGAAUGCGAGCGGUGCGAACGCCAACGAUGGUGCGCCAUCGGCCAAUGGGCCGAGUGCCGGUGCCGGCACUGGCAGCGGUCGUGGCAAUGGACCCGGCCGCCCACACAAGAACAAACCGCACAGCGAUCUCCGGCUGUUCAAGUGCCUCACCUGCGGCAAAGACUUCAAGCAGAAGAGCACGCUGCUGCAGCACGAUCGCAUACACACGGACGCGCGACCUUUCCCGUGCUCCGAAUGUGGCAAGCGGUUUCGCCAACAGUCCCAUCUCACGCAACAUCUGCGCAUCCAUGCCAACGAAAAGCCCUUCACGUGUCCGUACUGCUCCCGCAGCUUCCGGCAGCGGGCCAUACUCAACCAGCACAUACGCAUCCAUUCGGGUGAGAAGCCCUUCGCCUGCCCAGAGUGCGGCAAGCACUUUCGCCAGAAGGCCAUCCUCAAUCAACAUGUGCGCACCCACCAAGAUGUCUCGCCGCAUCUUAUCUUCAAGAAUGGGCCGCAUCCGACGCUCUGGCCCUCAGAUGUGCCCUUUCCGGGCGAGGAAGCGGACACGAAAGGCGACAUUGCGGGCGCCAGUGGUGGCUACCACGACGACGAUUCGCAAGGCACGCCCGACGGCAGCGGUGGCAUGCACUAUCCCUCCUAUUUCAAGGACGGCAAGGGCCAAAAGAUAUUGCCCGAGGUUCUGCAGCAUAUUGGAGUCCGGCCCGCGAACAUGCCGCUCUAUGUACGCUGCCCGAUCUGUGACAAGGAGUUCAAACAGAAGACGACUCUGCUCCAGCAUGGCUGCAUUCACAUCGAAUCGCGUCCGUAUCCGUGUCCGGAGUGCGGCAAACGCUUCCGCCAACAGUCACAUCUGACGCAACAUCUCCGCAUUCAUACGAAUGAGAAGCCCUUUGGCUGCAUGUACUGUCCCCGCUUCUUCCGACAGCGCACCAUUCUGAAUCAGCACUUGCGUAUCCACACCGGCGAGAAGCCCUACAAGUGCGCCCAAUGCGGCAAGGACUUUAGACAGAAGGCCAUACUGGAUCAGCACACGCGAACCCACCAGGUAGGCGAUCGUCCUUUCUGCUGCCCCAUGCCCAAUUGCCGACGUCGCUUUGCCACCGAGAACGAGGUGACGAAGCACAUUGACAACCACAUGAAUCCCAAUACCACAAAGGUGCGUCGUCAGCAGCAACAACAACAGCAACAGCAGCAGCAGCAACAACAACAGCAGCAGAACAACAACAAUGGUGGUGCACAGAACGCCCAUGUGGUGGCGAGCGCUGCGAGCGCCGUUGUGGCUAACCACCUGAUGAACGAUGCCAAGAAUCUUGCCGCACAGCAAUUCCUCAACAACAACAACCCUGCCACGGCGGACAACAAGGCGAACAUAUUGCCGCGCGGCAUGAGUGCCGCCGCCGCCCAACAAUCUGUGGUUAAGAACGAGCUCUACUUUCCCCAAUGCUAUGGACCACCCUUUCAGCAUCCGUUCCAAACGCAGGCACAGCCCAGUGCCGCGCACGCCAAUGGCGGUGCCAGUGUGCCGCCUGUGACGGUCACUGUGGCCAAUUCGGUGGCACCGGGCGUUGUGGUGCAACAGAAUGCCGCCACAUCGGUGGUGGCUCAGUGACAUCCCACCACUGGAGCAGCUGGAGCACAACAACAACAGCAGCAGCAGCAGCAGCAGCAACAACAAACGGCAGCGACGGCACAUCAUAACCAACAACAGCAGCAACAACAACAACAACAGCAGCAGCAACAACAACAACAGCCAACGCAUCAUACACAAGC